AGGUGGUGUGAAGCCCCACUCCUCUUCUGCCUGGUUUCCACUUCAUUCCACAAACAUUUAUUAAGCACUUACCAUGCACCAGACACUUUCUCCGCCCUGGGGCCACAUCGGAAGGUCUUUGACCCCCCUGAGGAGUUGGAGCGGAAGGUAUGGGAGCUGGCACAGCUGGUCUGGCAGUCCUCCAACGUGGUGUUCCACACGGGCGCGGGCAUCAGCACAGCCUCAGGCAUCCCCGACUUCAGGGGCCCCCAUGGCGUCUGGACGAUGGAGGAGCAGGGCCUGGCCCCCAAGUUCGACACCACCUUUGAGAACGCACGGCCCACGAAGACUCACAUGGCACUGGUGCAGCUGGAGCGCGUGGGCCUCCUCCGCUUCCUGGUCAGCCAGAACGUGGACGGGCUGCACGUGCGCUCCGGCUUCCCCAGGGACAAGCUGGCAGAGCUUCACGGAAACAUGUUUGUAGAAGAAUGUGUCAAGUGUAAGACGCAGUACGUCCGGGACACCGUUGUGGGCAGCAUGGGCCUGAAGGCCACCGGCCGGCUCUGCACCGUGGCCAAGUCAAGGGGGCUGCGGGCCUGCAGGGGGGAGCUGAGAGACACUAUCCUGGACUGGGAAGACUCCCUGCCUGACCGGGACCUCACUCUGGCCGAUGAGGCCAGCAGGAACGCGGACCUGUCCAUCACGCUGGGCACCUCCCUGCAAAUCCGGCCCAGCGGGAACCUGCCCCUCGCCACCAAACGCCGCGGAGGCCGGCUGGUCAUCGUCAACCUUCAGCCCACCAAGCACGACCGCCACGCAGACCUGCGUAUCCACGGCUAUGUAGAUGAGGUCAUGACCCGGCUCAUGAAGCAUCUGGGCCUGGAGAUCCCGGCCUGGGACGGCCCCCGCGUGCUGGAGAGGGCGCUGCCACCCCUGCCCCGCCCACCCACCCCCAAGCUGGAGCCCAAGGAGGAGGCCCCCGCCCAGCUCCACAGCCCAGCGCCCGCCAGCCCCAAGCAGGAGCCCACAGCUGAGCCUGGCGCCCAGCACAACGGCUCCGGGCCCGCCAGCCCCAAAAGGGAGCGGCUGGACAGUCCUGCUCCCCGCAGGCCCCCCAAAAGAGUGAAGACCGAGGUGGUUCCCAGCUGACCAGGGGGCCUGGGGAGGGCGGGGCUCUUUGUAGAAACCAUGGAUUCUUUUUGUUUUCUUACUGGUUUCACUUUGUUACUUGUCUCUGUCCUUGCGGGGAGACCUCAGGGUGCCGAGAGCUGGGCUUCAGGCCCCGGGGCAGACUUGCCCUCCAUUGCACCUCCCUUUAGCUUGGGGCCUCUGGAGGGGGCCUGGGAAGGAGCAUCCCCCCUGGACCCUGACCUUGGAGCUGACACCCCCCCACCCCGUACCUGCUCCAACCCCAGGCUCCAGCCUCUGACUCAGGAUGUUCCUGGGAGGUGUGGCCAGGCCCUCUGUGGUUUCCUCUGACCCCUGGGCCCUCACACUCCCCAGCCCCUGCCUACCCCUGGACAGCCUUCACAGUCCCUCCAGGAGGGAAGGGAGGCAGGGCCAUCAUUUAGCCAAACUUCAUGGCAGGACAGACAAUAGAAGCUCACACUGCCUUUGGGGCUGGAGGAAGAAGGGUGGGUCUACCUGGCUUCCUCCAGGCUUCCAGAAAAGCCUUCAAU